AUGUCAAUGUAUUCAACCAAUCCGUUUGGUGUUCCAUCGGAUCCAAAGAAAUUGCCUUCUUAUGCAACUCCGGUAUCAUCGAUUUCUUCAGUUUUAUACAACAACUUGAAGACAAUCUUCACAUAUAAAACUUUUUCUGAGCCAGAUUUAUUGGACUCAUGCUUGAAACAAUGGUCGUCCAGAGGUGUUAACAGUGUUUUUUUUCGCGAAUUGGAUGUUAGGACUGGAGCAGGAUUAGCACCAUUGGGUUUUAGUCAUGGGUCAUCUGCUGUUACUGGUAUUGUCGCUCCUGGGUACGCACUACCAUAUUUUGUGAAUUCUUUCCAUGAGACUACUUCUCCUAAAGAUAAAUUUGUGUUUAGCGUUUCUUCUUUGAACUAUGACGAGGAAUCUGGUGCGAUUGUCAGCGACUACGUGACACCAUUGCAGGCAGCUUCGCGUCUAAACUUUACUGUAGUUACUCCUGUUUCUGCAAGUGAAGUUCAGGCUGUGACACUUUUAUCUCUAGCCAUUGCUAGAUUCAGCCGCAGCAAGGCUGCCGUGAAUCUGUAUGAGGGCAGUUAUGCAAAAUCUGUUGCUGAAAUCAGGGAAAAAAUUUCACAAGAUGGAUUAUUUGACAAGUUGGAGAAAGCACUUCCUUUAACAGCAUCUUUUGAAGAUGUAUUGGACAAAUUCAACGAAUUUACAAAUUUGAAGCUACAUAACUUCCAGUAUACAGGUGCUAGCGACGCAGAAACUGUAUUUGUAACUUACGGUUCACUAGAAUCCCAGCUAUUCCAUGACGCUUUGGUAGGUAAUGACUCUAAAUCUGCAUUGAUAGCUGUUCGUGUUCCAUUGCCUUUUGAUCUGGAAAGGUUUGUUGCCCAAAUUCCUUCCACUGCUAGAAAAAUUGUAGUCAUUGGCCAAUCUUUGGAUGGAAAUUCAGCAACAUAUUUAAGGAGUCAAGUUUCAGCCGCUUUGUUCUAUCAUCGUCGCAGAAAUGUUUCUGUCUCUGAGUAUAUUUACCAGACAAAUUUUGUUUGGUCUCCAACUGCAGUUGAACAAGUUAUUUCCACCUUCAUUCCUGAAUUUGUUUCCUCUACCAUUAAUGCCACUUCAAAGGGCUUCACUUUUUGGGCUUCAGAUAAGAGCUCUGUUGUCGAUUUAUCUUCAAGGUUAGUACAUGCACUAUCUUUGGUUGAUGGUCAAACCAUUACUUUAAGAUCUAUAUUUGACAAUAUCGCUAAUGCGGGAACUUUUCAAUCUCAAUUUACCACAGGACCUGUAUCAGAAAACCUUACCAUAUCUAACAUUGACAAUGCUGAUGUUGCAUUCGUAGAAAAUGUCGCUUUGUUGGAUACUUUAGAUGUCACCGCCACUGUCAAAAAUAAUGGUACUAUUCUUGUUAUUUCAAGAAAAUCUUUGAAGGAACUUGACCAAUUGAAGGGUGAGACAUACGUGAAAGAUCUUGGAAUUAAUGAGAAAUUUUUUGUUUCUGCUGCUGAAAAAAAUAUAAAAGUGGUUAUUAUUGAUGCGCACAGCAUCGGCGACAAAGAGGAAACGAAGGGUCACACACUAUCUUUUGUCUCUCAAGCAGUUUUUUGGAAGUACGCAUUUGGUUAUGAUGUGGCAGAAAGUGUUCGUCGUAUUUGGAGUUCUGCUGGCCCUGAUAUCGAAUUAUUAGCUGCAGUUUUGUCUGAUAUUAUAACCACCGCUUUUGAAGAUGGUGUCAAAGAGGUUCCAAGCGGUGCUUUAAAGAGCAUUGUGGAGGAUUUCUCCAAGAAGGAAUCAACUGAUACUGAGUGUCUACCCAUCUACGUCACCGAAACAUCUUUCACCCCAAACCAAAGCAAAAUUGAGGAGAUCGCAGAAGUUGAGACCGGGAAAAUCUCUGAUGUUACAAGAAAGCUUGUAUUUAAAGAAGCAUAUGGAGUUGAAAACGUCUUGAGACCAGAUCUGCCUGUUAAAAAUUUUGUAGUCAAGGUAAAGGAGAACAGACGUGUUACUCCAUCUGAUUAUGACAGAUACAUCUUCCAUAUUGAAUUUGAUAUUAGCGGUGCCGGUUUGAAGUACGGUAUUGGUGAGGCUCUUGGUGUUCAUGCAAGGAACAAUGUAGAUAUGGUGACAGAAUUUUUACGUUCAUACGGCCUGGAUGAAAAUCAAACUGUACUUGUGCCUAACAAGGAUGAUUCCAAUUUACUGGAGUCGAGAACUGUGCUUCAGGCCUUUACAGAUAACCUGGACAUCUUUGGUAAACCACCUAAGAAAUUUUACGAAUCAUUAGUGGAGUUUGCAACUAACGAAGAUGAGAAGUUAGCAUUGGAAAACUUGAUCUCACCAGCCGGUUCGGUAGACCUCAAAAGAUAUCAAGAUGUUGAGUAUUACACUUAUGCUGACAUAUUUGAGAAAUUUCCUUCCGCAAGACCAAGUGUUGAACAUCUUGUCAGUAUGAUAGCGCCAUUGAAAAGGAGAGAAUAUUCUAUAGCAUCUUCUCAAAAGGUUCAUGAAAAUGAGGUUCACUUGCUAAUUGUUGUUGUUGACUGGGUUGAUGCGAAGGGCAGAAAAAGAUUUGGCCAAGCUUCCAAAUUCUUAUCUGAGUUGCAGGUAGGAUCUGAGGUUGUUGUUAGUGUCAAACCUUCUGUUAUGAAACUUCCACCUAAUCCAAAGCAGCCGGUUAUUAUGAGUGGCCUUGGUACUGGUUUGGCACCCUUCAAAGCUAUCGUUGAGGAAAAAAUGUGGCAAAAAGAACAAGGACAUGAAAUUGGUGAGGUUUAUCUUUUCUUGGGUUCAAGACACAAGAGAGAGGAGUAUUUGUAUGGUGAACUAUGGGAAGCCUAUAAGGAUGCAGGUAUUAUUACUCACAUUGGUGCAGCAUUCUCCAGAGAUCAACCUGAAAAGAUAUAUAUUCAGGACCGUAUUAAGGAAGCUUUGGUUCAAUUGAAACCUGCGAUGAUCGAUAAGGUUGGCUCUUUCUAUUUGUGUGGACCAACUUGGCCUGUUCCUGAUAUUACUCAUGCCCUUCAAGAAAUUAUUUCGGCUGACGCAGCAGAGAAAGGUGUUAAGGUUGACUUAAAUGCAGCUAUCGAAGAUUUGAAAGAAGCUUCCAGAUAUAUUCUGGAAGUUUAUUAG